GCCAUGUGUAGGAAACAUGCCACGGCCAGGCGUGUUUAUCAUGUAGUACUCCGGAAAUGUCGUUUCGAUUUCAAAGUGUGAGAUACUGAAUGAACUGAGAUGUGUUUAUAUCCGCCAUGUGGAGCAGGGCGCUGAGCGCGAGCUGCCGCCGGUGGUCUGGGCGCACGAGCAGUGGAGCAAAGGUGAUAUGGCGCUGUCAUUCUGUACGCGGAUACGGCGCUCCAGCCUUACCUGCGGGCAGGAUCACGGCACUCCAGGCGGUGGAGUUUUGGAAAAGGCACUUUGCGGAGAGAGGAGUGUCGGAGCCUGAUCAGUCCAGUCAGUACAUCAUUGCUCAUCUGCUUGGAGCUAAAACUAUAGAAAGUCUGGAGCCGCAAAAACUCACAGAGUUCCUCAGCCGAGAACAAACGGAGCAGGUGUGGAAGCUCUGCACACAACGUCUCUCCAGAGUGCCAGUGCAGUAUGUAAUCGAGGAGUGGGACUUCAGAGACCUGACACUCAAGAUGAAGCCUCCUGUGUUCAUACCAAGACCUGAAACUGAGGAGUUGGUUGACCUGGUGCUCACUGAUCUGCAGACGAGGCCCGGGCUUGGAGUGGAGCCAGACACUCGGCGGACCUGCUUAGAAGUGGGAUGUGGGUCUGGGGCCAUUUCUCUGAGUCUGCUCAAGAGUUUGCCUCAGCUUGAGGCUGUCGCCGUGGAUCAAAGUCAGGACGCCGUGGAUCUAACAAGAGAGAAUGCUUUCAGGUUGGGACUCCAGGACAGAUUACAGAUUCAUCAAAUAGACAUCAUGAAAGAUGCAGAAGCCGUAUGGAGCGUCUGCGGUCUGGUUUCAGCUGUGGUCAGUAACCCUCCGUACCUGUUUUCAGAGGAUAUGGCGUCACUGGAGCCUGAGAUCUUCAGAUUUGAGGACCACGCUGCUUUAGACGGCGGCGAAGACGGCUUAGUAGUCAUCAGACAGAUACUGACUCUUGCUCCGCAGAUUCUGUUAAAUCAUGGGCGUGUUUACUUGGAGGUGGACCCCAGACACCCCCCGCUUGUCCAACGGUGGGUGGAGGUGAACGUGGGAGGGCUGCAGUAUGUUGAGACGCGACACGACAUCAGUGGCAGGCCACGAUUCUGCAUCCUUCAGAAAGAGGAGUCAAACAAGAGCGACAAACUCGAUCUGGAGUGAGAAACCCAAGAUCCUAUUACGUUGGCUUUAGCCCAGGUCGCCGCGGCUGCAGCUCUCUCACCCCCUCUGAGCCACCGGGCUCCACCGCUGACACCAUAACCUCCCAGUUCACAUAUUCACAAGCUCCCAUAAUAUCUAUACCGCUGUCGCACUUUUAAUCAGGUAACGCUGGCGAUCACAUCCCGCGCCACAAUAAAAGCGUGUGCGCGGUUGGCACGAAAGCAGGCUCCAAGCUGAAGGUAAUUACCGAGGCUUUUCUUAGAACCCUCCCUCUCAGAAUCUCACCCUCCUCCCAGGAAGCGUUCAGUAGUUCUGUGAAUCCGCUGAUGAACGGUCCUCCCCUUCGCUUGUCCACUCGCUGACUCAGAUGCAGGCGGUAUGCAUUGUUGAGC